GGUUGUCAUGACAUGUGAUCAUUUAUUUAAAAAAAUCUUUCAGUAUUUUCUGUUUAAUGAUGAAUAAUAAGCGAAAGGCGUCGGGAUCUUUAAAAAAGAAACGCUAUGAAAAGAUUGAAUUUCUUGGAGAAGGUCAAUUCGCCACUGUAUAUAAGGCUCGAGAUGUUCAAACAGAACAAAUUGUAGCCGUCAAAAAGAUUAAACUUGGAUCUCGAUAUGAGGUACGAGAUGGAAUCAAUCGGACGGCGCUUAGAGAAAUCAAGAUUUUGCAAGAGUUGUCUCAUGAAAACAUAAUAGGGCUAUUAGAUGUAUUUGGUCAUGUUUCCGAAAUAUCACUUGUUUUCGACUACAUGAUCACUGACCUAGAAGUAAUCAUAAAAGAUACAAACAUAUUUUUGACUCCUGCCAAUGUUAAAUCAUACAUAAUAAUGACCCUUAAAGGUCUUGAAUAUCUGCACGCCAAAUGGAUUUUACAUCGUGAUCUCAAACCUAACAAUCUGCUAAUCGAUGGGAAUGGCGUACUUAAAAUUGGUGAUUUCGGUUUAGCCAAAUCUUUUGGAUCACCAACGAGAGUACUGACAAAUCAGGUUGUAACUCGUUGGUAUCGUGCUCCAGAAUUAUUAUACGGUGCUCGAAUGUAUGGUACAGGUGUCGAUAUAUGGGCAGUUGGUUGUAUCAUAGCUGAACUAGUCAUACGGCUUCCUUUUUUCCAAGGUCAAACUGACCUAGAUCAAUUGCUUAAAAUAUUCCAGGUGACGGGCACACCAAAUGAGACAAAUUGGCCCGGUGUGACAAAUUUACCUGAUUACGUUAAAUUUAAAGUGAAUGAACCAGUGCCGUUCGAAAAUAUAUUCACGGCUAUCAAAGAAGAUUUAAUACAAGUUCUAAAAUCGAUGCUGGCAUUGGAUCCUACUCGUCGAUGCACGUGCUCACAAGCAUUACAAAUGGCCUAUUUUCAUAAUGAUCCACCUCCAACUCCUGCACAUUUAUUGCCCAAAGUGAAAAGUGAAACGUCUUCUGAAGCUACCGCAAUCAUUGAUCAAACGGGCGAACCAACAUUGAGUGGUACUAAAAGAGCCGGUCUUUUUAGCUUGGAUAAUGUAAUAGCGCCACCGCAUGUAAAACGAUUAAAUUUUGAUGAUGAUUAAUAUGAAUGAUUGUUAUGUAAUUAUAAUGAUUGACAUGCAACAAUAAA